CUGAUUCAGACAUGUCAAAAGGGUCCGACCCUUUUUUGGCGCCCACCCACCCACUCUGACUUUUGCCCACAUCGAUCCUCGAGGACACGUGCAUCCUUGCACUUCUAACACUACCUCAGGACAUCCUGUUUGCCACGGCUGAAGCCUUCGAGCUGUUCUUUUCCCAGGUCUCCGGACAGGCGGCACAGAAGAAGGGCAAGGCUUGAAUAGAAGCGCUGAGGACGCUGCAUUGGCGAAAUGGGCGACACUGUGGAAGACCAAGCUGCUGACAUGGACAACUACACGGCGGAGGCGACGCGUGUUCGCAUUUGCGGCCCCCCGUGGCUGGUGUACAAGGGCGCUGGUCUCGUGCCGGGCGAGGGCAUCGCAUGCGUGAAUGGUGAGGGUGUCGCCGCCUGGGAGUCCCGAAAACUUCGAGAGGUCUUGGCCGAAAAAGCGACUCUGGUGCUCGUGCCUGGCACACCGCAGCAGAAGCAAGAGGCGGCAGCCUUGCGGAUACAAUCGGCUUGGCGGCGCAGAGGCCAGCACGCGCCAGAUGCUGCUGGGGCUAUCCAUGCUGACACCAUCUCCAUAUCCAUUCCUGCACACAGGAUGGAUUGCCGACUGCACGAGUUUCAACCCUUCACCCUCAUGUCUCACCGCAUCCACCUGAUUUUGGCGCGGAAGAAGAUCAGCUUUGCAACCUACUUUGGUCUGCAGGUUGGGGACGCGCUGGUGGAGUUCCAGCAGCGGGAUGCCUCGGAACUCUCCACUGGCGAACUUAGGCGGCUUGCAUCACCAACCAUCAUGACCUUUGCCAGAGGGACACGGGAGGACGUGGAGGAGGUCACAGCGAUUCGGAUACAAGCCGUUUGGCGCGGGCAUGCCAGCCGUGAAAGAGGUGUCCAGCCCUUUCUCCAGGACUUUCAGAUCACGGCAAGUGCCGGCCCCUUGGGCUUGACGACGGAGCUGCCCCCCUUGGACCGCCUGGCGGUCCAAAGCGUCCAGCCGGGCGGCUGGGCGGAGACUGCCGGAGUGCGGGCCGGCGACUUGUUGCGCGCGCUGAACGACGUCAGCGUGGACGAGCUGCCCCCCGAGGAGUUUGUCCGCCUCGUGGAGUUUGUACGGCCGCUGUCCAUGGCUUUCUCUCGCAAGAUAUGUCGAGCGCAAGUUGCGUUGAAGCAGGCAUUCACGGUGGAAGCAAAUGAGAGCGUGGGGCGGUUGGGAUUCAAGCCUGACAGUUUGCCGCCUGUAGAGCGGAUGCUUGUCAAGACCGUGGAUGCUGGUGGCUGGGCAGAGGGGGCUGGAAUUCAAGCAGGAGAUGCCUUGCUGGCCGUAAAUGACAUUCCCGUUGCCAAGUUGCAAAAGGAGGAUUUUGUGGGCAUGAUGACGUCACUUCGGCCUUUGCAGCUUGCUUUGGAACGUGCAGGCAAGCCUUCUCCUGAGCAGACCAAGGAGACGUCCAAGGAGAAAUUGACAGAGACAUUGAAGCAGGCAUUCACAGUGGAAGCAAAUGAGAGCGUGGGGCGGUUGGGAUUCAAGCCUGACAGUUUGCCGCCUGUAGAGCGGAUGCUUGUCAAGAGUGUGGAUGCUGGUGGCUGGGCGGAGGGUGCUGGAAUUCAAGCAGGAGAUGCGUUGCUGGCCGUAAAUAACAUUCCCGUUGCCAAGUUGCAAAAGGAGGAUUUUGUGGGCAUGAUGACGUCACUUCGGCCUUUGCAGCUUGCUUUGGAACGUGCAGGCAAGUCUUCUCCUGAGCAGACCAAGGAGACGUCCAAGGAGAAAUUGACAGAGACAUUGAAGCAGGCAUUCACAGUGGAAGCAAAUGAGAGCGUGGGGCGGUUGGGAUUCAAGCCUGACAGUUUGCCGCCUGUAGAGCGGAUGCUUGUCAAGAGUGUGGAUGCUGGUGGCUGGGCAGAGGGGGCUGGAAUUCAAGCAGGAGAUGCCUUGCUGGCCGUAAAUAACAUUCCCGUUGCCAAGUUGCAAAAGGAGGAUUUUGUGGGCAUGAUGACGUCACUUCGGCCUUUGCAGCUUGCUUUGGAACGUGCAGGCAAGUCCUCUCCUGAGCAGACCAAGGAGACGUCCAAGGAGAAAUUGACAGAUUCAUUGAAGCAGGCAUUCACAGUGGAAGCAAAUGAGAGCGUGGGGCGGUUGGGAUUCAAGCCUGACAGUUUGCCGCCUGUAGAGCGGAUGCUUGUCAAGAGUGUGGAUGCUGGUGGCUGGGCGGAGGGUGUUGGAAUUCAAGCAGGAGAUGCCUUGCUGGCCGUAAAUAACAUUCCCGUUGCCAAGUUGCAAAAGGAGGAUUUUGUGGGCAUGAUGACGUCACUUCGGCCUUUGCAGCUUGCUUUGGAACGUGCAGGCAAGUCUUCUCCUGAGCAGACCAGGGAGACGCCCAAGGAGAAAUUGACAGAGACAUUGAAGCAGGCAUUCACAGUGGAAGCAAAUGAGAGCGUGGGGCGGUUGGGAUUCAAGCCUGACAGUUUGCCGCCUGUAGAGCGGAUGCUUGUCAAGAGUGUGGAUGCUGGUGGCUGGGCAGAGGGGGCUGGAAUUCAAGCAGGAGAUGCCUUGCUGGCCGUAAAUAACAUUCCCGUUGCCAAGUUGCAAAAGGAGGAUUUUGUGGGCAUGAUGACGUCACUUCGGCCUUUGCAGCUUGCUUUGGAACGUGCAGGCAAGUCCUCUCCUGAGCAGACCAAGGAGACGUCCAAGGAGAAAUUGACAGAGACAUUGAAGCAGGCAUUCACAGUGGAAGCAAAUGAGAGCGUGGGGCGGUUGGGAUUCAAGCCUGACAGUUUGCCACCUGUAGAGCAGAUGCUUGUCAAGAGUGUGGAUGCUGGUGGCUGGGCAGAGGGGGCUGGAAUUCAAGCAGGAGAUGCGUUGCUGGCCGUAAAUAACAUUCCCGUUGCCAAGUUGCAAAAGGAGGAUUUUGUGGGCAUGAUGACGUCACUUCGGCCUUUGCAGCUUGCUUUGGAACGUGCAGGCAAGUCUUCUCCUGAGCAGACCAAGGAGACGUCCAAGGAGAAAUUGACAGAGACAUUGAAGCAGGCAUUCACAGUGGAAGCAAAUGAGAGCGUGGGGCGGUUGGGAUUCAAGCCUGACAGUUUGCCGCCUGUAGAUCAGAUGCUUGUCAAGAGUGUGGAUGCUGGUGGCUGGGCGGAGGGUGCUGGAAUUCAAGCAGGAGAUGCGUUGCUGGCCGUAAAUAACAUUCCCGUUGCCAAGUUGCAAAAGGAUGAUUUUGUGGGCAUGAUGACGUCACUUCGGCCUUUGCAGCUUACUCUUGCACAUAUUCAGGUAGGAUUUCAGGAUGAGCGCGCGACCCAGCGGUGCUUUGUUCUGGUGGCCGCCCCAGAAGGCUUUGCAGAAGAUCCAGUAGCUUUCAGCUGGGAUGAAGGCAGCUUGGCGAGCCACAAACCGGAGAUUGCAGUGGAGUUGGGCUCUCCAGGUUGGAGCUUCAUCGUGGACCUGGAGCUUCACUUGCGUCUCUACGAGUUGCCACCUUACAGUCACCUACUUUCACGAGCGUACAUGGUCUACGGCGCCCGGAACCUGCAAUUGCAGCCGGGAGAUCUGCUUGAAGCUGUCCAGGGGAAGCAGGCGGCGCACUUGAGCCACAGGGAGCUGACUGCAUUGUUGCGGCAGCGCCCUCUGGAGCUUCGCUUCGCGCGGGCCAGCUGCGAUGACCGGGAGGUGGCCGCGGCCAUCCGGCUCCAAUCAGCUUAUCGCGCACGGCGAGGAAGGCGGGACGUAGACUUCGUGAAGUGGCUGCUGCAGGGCUAUCGGCCCAUCUAUGUGGUCCCCGCGCUGGCCUUCACGCGAGCAGCCGCCCCGCGCACAAUGCGGCGCCCGGUCUACAAGAAGAUACCUGGCGAGACCUUCACCAUGCAGUGCGAUGGCCCACCCGGGCUGCGCUUCUGGAAACAGGGCCUGGUCUAUGCGGUGAGCCUGCGGAGCCGCGCAGACGCGGCAGGGGUGCGGCCUGGCGACUUCAGGUCCACGAGCGGCAAGGAACUGAUCUUCGUGAACGGCAGCCAGGAAAGCCAAGAGCUGGCUGCGGCUCUUCGAGUACAGUGCUGCUGGCGGGGAAAGGCUAUUCGCCGGAGGAUGAAGUCUGGUCCAAGUCCCCGUGCGGCCGCCCUGCGGCUGACACUGGCUGCCCGCGAUGCGGAGCUGCGGCGGGCUGAAGCGGCUUUGGUCGCUGCGCAGGCCAGGCAGCCGGACGCGGCCAGCCUGGUGCGCUCCUUGCGCGCGAAGGUGACGCUGAGGGAGACGCAGCUGGGUGGCCUGAAGGCCAACGCCGCCGCCGACGCCUUCGCCGCGCAGGCCAUGGCAAGGCGCUUGGCGGAGGCCGAGCGCUGCCACAAAGACGCCCUGGUGGCGAGUACGGACUUCACCUUAGGUCAGAGCAUUGCUUGUGGCACGGAAGGGGAUGAAGAGCAACGCUUGAAGGAGGAAAUCGCACUGCUGAAGAGCCAGUUGGAAGAGGCACGGCUGGCCGAUCAAAGCCGCGCGGACCAACGGAAGGAAGAUGGCCGAACAGAAGUGAAGGAAGAUACGGUAACGGAAGAGCAGGAAGUUGCUGCAAAGGAAGAGCAGUCGGAAGAUGCCGCAAAGAAAGAGCAGUCAGAAAAUGCCGCAAAGGAAGAGCAGUCGGGCAAGGAAGAGCAAAGCAUUCAGGCACAAGGGGCAGAGACUGGGAAAGCAGAGGUGGCCGGGAAAGUGGCUGGGGAAGCAGAGGUGGCCAGGGAAGCAGAGGUGGCCGGCGAAGCAGAGGUGGCCGGCGAAGCAGAGGUGGCCGGCGAAGCAGAGGUGGCCGGGGAAGCAGGUGUGGCCGGGGAAGCAGAGGCUGGGGAAGCAGUCGUGGCCGGGGAAGCAGGCGUGGCCGGCAAAUCAAAAGCUGGGGAAGCAGUCGUGGCCGGCGAAGCAGAGGCUGGGGAAGCAGAGGCUGGGGAAGCAGAGGUGAAGCUUCAGGAAGGAGCCCAGAGCAAAGAAGUACUCCAAGAAGCUGCCGGCAAGGAGCCAGAAGACCUUGAUCCAGAGCUUGAGGAACCGAAAGGCGCUGUGGACACCGCUGGCGAACCUCAGGGAAGUGAAGAUGCCGAAGCCAAGACGGCAGAUGCUGAAUUUGGGGACAGCCUUGGGGAUGCAGCUAGGGAUGGGGAUGAGGCUUCUCCAGCUCUGAUCGCAAGCGAGGUGAGAGCAGGGCUCGAUGCGCCGGAUUCGGACUUCCAGCAGGAUUCCAUGAGCGACAUGGACGAGGCCUUCGAAGAAGGGACGCAGCAGCGCCUGCGGGAUAUUGCCAUGGCAAUGGCAUCAAUGGCGAAGGAAGAAGUCGAAGAGGAAAUCCAAGAAGAAGCGCGAGCUUCCUCAGGCAACGUCUUCAUCACGCUGCUGGCCCACCGGGGGCCCCUGGGCUUCCGGCUCACUGCCGCCCCAGGGCUGCUGGUCUACCGCUGCGAGCUGGGCAGCUGGGCGGAGGCGGCGGGUCUGCGCCGGGGGGACCAGCUGGUGAAGCUGCAGGGCCUCGAGGCUCAGCUGCUGACGGCGCAGGAGCUGUCGGGGGCGCUGCAGUGCCGGCCCCUGGAGCUCACCUUCUGCCGGGGCUGGCCGCGAGGCGGAGAGGACAUGUUGGAGGAUAUAGCGGAUGCGCUCUCAGGCUUCCGGGCCUGGCAGCUGCUCCGGGACGAGGUGCCGCUGAACCCGGAGGCCUCGCUGCCAGGCCUUCCAGAUCUCACUGGCCUGGAAGGAGACAAGGAGGCAGUGCUGCAGGCGGUCAGGCAGUCCUGGCGCAGCUUGGCGCUGGCAUCAGAGGAGCUGCAGGGCGAUGGGGACCUGGUGCUGGAGGCAGUAGCCCAGGAUGCUGCUGCGUUGCGGUUUGCUGCAGAGGGCCUCAAGUCGUCCAAGGACUUCAUGUUGCAGGCGGUGCGGCUGGGCAGCGCUUUGCAACAUGCGGCUCCCGAGCUGCGGGCGGAUCGGGAGUUGGUGCUGGAGGCCGUGAGGACCACUGGAUCUGCUCUCCAAUAUGCGGCGGAUGAGCUGCAGAAGGACAGGGAGGUGGUGCUUGCCGCCCUGAAGCAAGACACCUCCAUCUUCCCGAUGCUGGCGGAAGAGUUGAAGGCUGACCCUGAGAUUGCCGAGGAAGCGGUGACUCAGCAUGGCAGCUUGCUCGGCCUGGUGCCGGAGCAUCUGCGGGAUGAGCUGGCGGCCCUGGCGGCACGCAGCGACCCCUGGGCGCUGUUGCAGGCGCCAAGACUCCUGCGCGACCGAAAGGCUGUGUACGAGGCCUUGGAGCGCGAGCCGCGGCUCUUCCCCUUCCUGGCGCGCGCCUGGAAGGACGGCGACGUGGUGCACGAGGGCCUCCUGCAAAGCGCGGAACUCCUGCAGGACGACGACCCCACGCUGGCGCUCGCUGCGCUGCGCCAGAACUGUGAGAUCUUUCCCUUCCUCAGCUUCGGGCUGAAGGCAGACAAGAGUCUGGUGAUCCAAGCAGUCCAGCAGAAGGGCAGCCUGCUGCAGUAUGCCUCGCCCAUCCUGCAGGGUGACAGAGAGGUGGUCCUGGCCGCGGUGGCGCAGAACGCCGCCGCAGCGCUGCCUUGGGCCUCGCCCAAGCUGCGGAGGGACCCGCAGGUGGUGCUGCAGGCGGUGAAGCAGAACCCCGCAAUCCUCCGCUUUGUGUCUGCUGAGAUGAAGGCCAACAAGGCGGUGGUCUUGGCCGCGGUGCGGCGCGAUGGGGCGCUGCUGGCUGCGGCGCCGGCUCUGCAGCGAGACAAGGAUGUGGUGCUGGCGGCCGUCCAGCAGAACCCCGCGGCGCUGGAACACGUAUCCCAGUCCCUGAGGUAUGAUAGGGACCUCUUGAAUUUAUGCCUGCAACCUUGA